UCUUCAAAUCUCUUAACGUGUUGGGCAAUCCAACUCCAUCCAACUCAUCUUGGAUGUGCAGCGGAAAUUUUCCUAUAUAUUCUUCUCAUAUCUAUCAUCUCAUCACAUAACACACACAUAUCUACCACACCUACCAACUUACUAUUGAAAGGAAAAUUUAUAAAUUAAACUUUCAUGGCUUCUACCGAUACGCCUGCACCGGCACCGGAGCCUGAAAAGAAGGCUCCACCACCGGUAGCACCGGCACCGGAGCCUGAAAAGAAGGCUCCACCACCGGUAGCACCGGCACCGGAACCUGAGAAGGUGGCUCCACCGCGGGAAGCACCACCGCCCGUGUCUAAAGCGCCCCCUCCAACCGAGUACUUUGUGGUGGUGGAUUUGGUACUAAGGUUUUUACUUUUCGCAUCCACGCUAAUCUCUGUGGUGGUGAUGGUCACCAGCAAGCAAACGAAGUUGAUUCCGGUGAUGGGUAUUCCAUUUCCGGUGCUACUUUCAGCCAAGUUUAAUCACUCACCAGCCUUCAUAUACUUUGUAGCAGCACUCUCCGUUGCCUGCUUUUACAGCAUCAUUACCACAGUUGUAUCCUUUUUUGCCCUCUUGAAGCCAGGUUGCUCAACAAAAUUGUUAUUCCAUUUUGUAAUAAUUGAUGUGGUGAUGUUGGGGAUUGUAGCUUCAGCCACAGGGGCUGCAGGUGGUGUGGCUUAUAUAGGAUUGAGAGGAAAUAAACAUGUGGGUUGGCAGAAAGUGUGCAAUAACUAUGACAAGUUCUGUGAACACGUAGGAGCCUCCAUUUUCCUCUCAUUGUUUGCUUCUGUCCUCCUCUUAUUGCUUGUUCUUCUCUCAGUUUACUCUCUCUCCCGUAAGAUCCCCAAGUAAUCAACUAGAGAGUACUACUGCCUUUCAUUCAGAGUCAGAACUUAUGUAUUCAUCAAUUUAAUUAUGUCUUGUUUGUGGAUAUAUGUACUUAAUUUUUCCUUGUCUGCUUAUGCAGUACUAGGAGUUAAAUGCUGUCUUGUAUGUUUAUGUAAAUUCCAUCAAUCAUGUAUGAUGUGUCAUGUGCAUUGAAGCAUAGUUGACAAUGUUGUUGACUUGUUCGUA